CGCCGCCUCCUCCUCGCCUGCGCCGCCCCCAGCGGCCCUCCGCGCGGCGCCCGCCCAUCGCCGCCGCUCCACGCCGCGCCCCUGCGGGCUCCAGAAUCAAAGAUGUUCGGAAUAUUGGACUCGUUGGCCGGGUUCAUCAAGAUCCGCUAUGUGGCCGACAAGCCCAUCAUUGACAGCACCAUCGCACGCCUCCACUACAGAGUCACUGCUGUGGUCUUGUUCGUGGGUUGCCUUCUCUGCACUGCCAACUCCCUCAUCGGAAACCCGAUCGAAUGCAUCCACAGCGACGAGCGCAUGCAGAAAGUGCUCAACCAGUACUGCUGGAUCAGCUCCACGUUCACUCUGCCCGCGGCGCAGGGGCAGGUGGGCGUGCACAUGGCCCACGCGGGCGUCGGGGCGUACGCCUACAACGGCCGCUACGCGCCGCACCCGGGCGUGCGCGCCCCGCACGUGUCGGGGGCGACGGGCGAGGAGCGCUACCACGCCUACUACCAGUGGGUGCCCUUCGUGCUCUUCUUUCAGGUUGGAGACUUCUUUUUGCUGCAUUUACUGGGUCAAAAUAUUAACAUGGUUGUUUACACUGAAUUUCUUGAAGAACUCAGCAUCAAAUUAGGGGGUUAUGCUCCUAAUGCUCCUAAUUCUGCUACCAUAGAAAGACAACCAAUAUAUCCCACAAAGCAAAGUCUUCUGCCUGAAUAGGCUUCUCAAAGAAUAGGGUAUAUAUUGUCGAUACACAAAGUAAUGUGUUUCACUUGUGUAUUGACAAUAUGUGCAAAAGAUGAGCUCUGAUUUUUUGAGUUGAUUACAUCACUAAGUCACAUUUUUUCUUUUCUUUUAAUUUGGUGCUCUGGAGUAUGGGAGUAUUAAAUUAAUGUUAUUUACUUUUUUAACUAAGUUUCAAGAUCAGUUAUGAUACAUAGAAAUCAAUCUUUGAAUCUGAUUUUUUUUGUUUCAUAACAACAACAUUAAGUAUUAAAAUGUAUUAAAAAAUAUGCUGUUUUACCCUCAAUUUAGCAAUGGACCCGAGUUUCAAAUGUAUGAUGUUAUGUUCGACUUUUGAAAACAAAAUUUCAUUUUCAGUUAUUUAUGUUGUUUGAUACUGCACAAUUUUAUUUCCCACAUUGCAUUUCUAACAAUUAAAAAAUAAUUAUUAAUUUCAUAAAUUUUGCUUUGAAACCAAAACCAGUUCUUAAAUCUUAAUAUCAGUAAAUGCAUAUUUUACUGAAAUGUACUGAAAUAUCUGUACAUUAUCUGCACUUUAAGUAGGUAAUUCAUAUCAUAUGUUGAUCUCAAAAUGUAUUGAAAUGAUGACAAUGAAAGGAUGAUACAAUUUUAUCAUAUUUAUCAAAAUGAACUUUACAUUCCUAAUAUUCUAUACAUUCUAUCACAUAGUAAAAAUGUAGAAAAAUUCUUAUAUCCAAUGUGAAUAUGUAUUCAUAAUUAAAUUUAUUAUUAUUAUUAUUGUUAUUAUUGAAGAGGAAGACAUUAUUUGUACUUAAAUCAACAUAUAAAGGCCAAUUUUUUAAUUUAAGUUCCUUCAAAAUAAUGUAAACUGUGAUCAUAUAAUAGGUAAAUAGAACAUUUCCUAUACUUUAUGCUUCCAAACAAAGUGAUGGGCAAUCGAGGAUUACAGUCUUUAAGGCUGAAAACAUCUUUAUACAUAGAGAAAUAGCCAUAUUAUAUAUAGCAAUAACAAUUCAUAAUACUUUACAAAUAAUUAUAAGCAUAUUGUAUUUUUAUACCAUUAUUGUACAUUGAAAUUCUAUUGAAUCAUUAUAUUUUACUAUGAAAAAUUCAC